AUGGGAAGAUCAAGAAAAAACAACAAAUCCUAAUAAACAAUUGAAGUUAAUGACGAUUCAAAAAUUUAAUGUAAUAAAAUCGGAAAAUGUAAGAUCAAAAUAAAAAAAUCCGAGAUUGGAAAACCACGUGAUUUAGGCUUAAUCUAACUUGACUUACCAGAAAUCUGGAGUUGUAGUAAAAAUUUAGUAGAUAUUUUAAAAUUUUUCAUUGAUGAAGGAAGACAUUUCUUACUUCAUUUAGCUGGAACCAAAAGAAGUUUAGAAACUAAAUAAAAUAAAUUAAAAAAAAAAGAAAUGGAAUAAAAACAAAUUGAAAUAAAAAAAAAGUAACCUCUAUUUGACUUUAUGGAAUAAUUUUCAGUAGAAUUUUUAGGACUUCCUAAAAGAACCAAGAAUAAAGAAAGAAUUGUAGUUUUUUUUUUUAGAAACAAUAGAGUUUUCAAUCUCAAAUAUUCAACAAACUUAAACUCGAUCUUAAAAAAUGAAAAAUGGGUUCAGAUUUUAAAAGAUAUUUAUUUUAUUUUUGAUGUAAAUUUCUACGAAGAAUUGAUAUCUAUAUUAUUUUUAUUAGAAAAAAAUGACGAUAUAAAUUUUAUAGUAGCUCAAUUAAUAUAGGAAUUUUUAAAUACUUAAAAUUUAUUAGAUAUUAAAGUAAUAUUUAAAAAUCUUUUAAUUCAAAUAAUAAAAGAUCAUAUUGACCACUAACUUAAUUAUAUUGGACUUCAUUAACUUAAAUCAAAUGAGAUUUUGGAUAUUUAUAAAAAAAGGAUAUUUUAUUAUUAAGAUAGAGUAAUAAAAUUAAUAAAAAAUAUACGAACUCUAUUUGAUAAUUAUAAUUAUGAAUAAGUUUAAAAUGCUUAGUAUGAGGAAGACAAUUAUUAAAAUUUAGAUGAUGAAGGUUAUGAGUAUUAUGAAGAAAAUCAAAUAAAUUAAUGCUUUGAUUAUUCUAAUUAUGAUUGA